AGCAGGAAGUGAAGUUGUGUGGCAGGUUGAUUCUCUGUCCUAGACACUCUCAUGCGGGUAACAGGAAACUUUGAACCCUCUUCAACAAUAUUUGAACCACUGAGGAAAACUUUUUGAAGCUGGUGAGGUUGAAAGUCUUUUGGAUUAAAGUGUAAAACAGAGACGGGUUUGAGUUUAUAAUUGACACUCUGCUCUGACUGCUGAAAGUGAAAGUGAAGCUGGUGAACCAGACUGAGGACAACAAACAGGAGAGACUUUACUGCAGAGACAAAAUGGCUUCUAAACUGGAGGAGGAUCUCACAUGUCCUGUGUGCUGUGACAUCUACAAGGAUCCUGUCUUGGUGACCUGUUCUCACAGUGUGUGUAAAGCCUGUCUGCAGCAGUUCUGGGAGAGCAAAGGAUCCAGAGAAUGUCCCUACUGCAGGAGGAAGUGCUCAAAACAAGACUAUCCUCCUAACAUGGCGUUAAGGAACCUGUGUGAGACCUUCUUACAGGAGAGAAGUCAGAGAGCUUCUGUGGUGCUCUGCAGUCUGCACAGUGAGAAACUCAAGCUCUUCUGUCUGGAGGAUAAACAGCCUGUGUGUUUUGUGUGUCAGGCAUCAAAGAAACAUAAAAAUCACACAUUUAGUCCCAUAGAUGAAGCAGCACAGGACCGUAAGGAGGAGCUCAAGAUUCAACUGCAGCCCUUAAUGAAGAAACUAAAGAACUUUGAAAAAGUUAAACUCAUCUGUGACCAAACAGCAGCACAUAUUAAGACUCAGGCUCAACACACAGAGCGGCAGAUCAAGGAGGACUUUGAGAAGCUUCACCAGUUUCUACGAGAUGAAGAGGCAGUCAGGAUAGCUGCACUGAGGGAGGAAGAGGAGCAGAAGAGUCAAAUGAUGAAGGAGAAGAUUGAGAAGAUGAGCAGAGAGAUCUCAUCUCUUUCAGACACAAUCAGAGCCAUAGAGGAGAUGAUGGGGUCUGAUGACAUCACAUUCCUGCAGAGCUACAAGAGCACAGUGGAAAGAGCCCAGUGCACACUGCAGGAUCCAGAGAGGGUUUCAGGAGCUCUGAUCAAUGUGGCAAAGCACCUGGGCAACCUGAAGUUCAGAGUCUGGGAGAAGAUGCAGGAGAUUGUUCAGUACACUCCUGUGACUCUGGAUCCCAACACUGCACACCCACGACUCAUCCUGUCUGAGGAUCUGACCAGUGUGAGACGUGUUGUUGAGAGACAGCAGCUUCCUGAUAACCCAGAGAGAUUUGAUAUGUAUGGCUGUGUCCUGGGCUCUGAGGGCUUUAACUCAGGGACUCACUGCUGGGAUGUGGAGGUUGGAGAGAACACAGUGUGGUUUGUGGGUGUGAAGGCAGAGUCGACCCCGAGGAAGGGAGAGUAUGGCAAUGUGAGUGGAGAGUGGUGUGUGGGGUAUAAAUAUGGUAAAUAUGGAGCAUGUGCUCCCCCACAGCCCUCCACUCUCCUCACAGUGCAGCAGAAACUCCAGAGGAUCAGAGUGCAGCUGGACUGGGACAGAGGAAAGGUCUCAUUCUCUGACCCUGAUAACAACACACACCUACACACUCUCACACACACGUUCACUGAGAGAGUGUUUCCAUACUUUUGGACCAUCAGAGAUGUUCCUCUGGUUAUCUUACCAGUGAAGGCCUCAGUAAGACUAGAGCAGCACAGUUUAUAGAAAGCAAAAAAGAAAGUAUGUAAACGAAACAAUACUGAUGUGAACAUCAAAAUGUAACGUUGUGCUAAUGCUCACCUCCAACCUCACCUCAUGUAACCUGUCUGCUUCAUCAUAGUACAAUUUGGUAGUGUGUGGUAGUGCAUGUGGUUGGAGAGUUGUGUUGUGUGGUAAUAUGUGUGAUCAGAGAGUGGUUGUGUGUGCACCUGUGUGUGUGUGUGCGUGCGCGUGCGCGUGCGCGUGUGUGUGCAUGUGUGGUGUGCAAUCCGAUAAUUGUGGUAUUGGACCAAAGUUAGUUUUAAAUGUGUGACAACCUAAUAAAUCAUUAACCAUCCCAA